GUGCAAAAGCUUGUGAAGUACCUGGAUCCCAACGACCUGGGGAGAAUCAACUUCAAGGACUUUUGCCGGGGAGUGUUUGCCAUGAAAGGGUGUGAGGAGCUGCUGAAGGAUGUGCUGUCCGUGGAGAGUGCAGGGACACUGUCAUGUGCACCUGCGAUCCCAGACUGUGUGGAGCAGGGCAGCGAGGUUUCAGGCCCCACCUUUGCUGAUGGGGAGCUUGUCUGCAGGGAGCCUGGCUUCUUUCCUGAGGAGGAGGAGGAGGAAGAGGAGGCGAUGACACUGGCCCCUCCUGAGGGCCCCCAGGAGGCAGAUAUGGAGAGUCCCAUGGAAAGCACCCAGAGCCUGGAGGGGUCGUUCGGGAGCCCAGCCGAGGAGAAGGAUGCGGGGCUCAGAGGCCUGUUUCUGCCAGAGGACAAGUCCCUGGGCCACACUCCAUCCAUGACGACGUCGGACCUCUCCACACACUCCACCACCUCGCUCAUCAGCAACGAGGAGCAGUUUGAAGACUACGGGGAGGGAGAGGAUGCGGACUGUGCCCCCAGCAGCCCCUGCCCCGACGAUGAAACUAGGACCAAUGUCUACUCAGACCUGGGCUCUUCCGUGUCUUCCAGUGCGGGCCAGACCCCGAGGAAGACGCGACAUGCGUACAGCAGUGAACUUUUGGAUGUGUACUGCUCGCAGUGCUGCAAGAAGAUCAACCUCCUCAAUGACUUGGAAGCCCGGCUCAGAAACCUCAAGGCCAACAGCCCCAACCGAAAGAUCUCCAGCACAGCCUUUGGACGGCAGCUCCUGCACAACAGCAACUUCAGCAGCAGCCAGGGAAGCACCGAGGACCUGUUCCGGGACAGCAUCGACUCCUGUGACAACGACAUCACUGAGAAGGUGAGCUUCCUGGAGAAGAAGGUCACCGAGCUGGAGAAUGACAGCCUGACCAAUGGGGACCUGAAGAGCAAGCUAAAGCAAGAGAACACGCAGCUGGUGCACAGGGUGCACGAGCUGGAGGAGGUGGUGAAGGACCAGGAGACCACUGCCGAGCAGGCCAUGGAGGAAGCAGCUCGGCGCCACCGAGAGGCCUACAGCAAGCUGGAGCGAGAGAAGAGCACCCAGGUGGAGCUGCUCAAUACCAGGGUGCAGCAAUUCGAGGAAGAAAACACUGAGCUGAGAACGACCGUGACCCGGCUCAAGUCUCAGACGGAGAAGCUGGAUGAGGAGCGGCAGCGCAUGUCGGACCGGCUGGAGGACACCAGCCUGCGGCUCAAGGAUGAGAUGGACCUGUACAAGCGCAUGAUGGACAAGCUGCGGCAGAACCGCCUGGAGUUCCAAAAGGAGCGCGAGGCCACCCAAGAGCUCAUCGAAGACCUGCGGAAGGAGCUGGAGCACCUGCAGAUGUACAAGCUGGACUGCGAGCGGCCGGGCAGGGGCCGCAGCGCGUCAUCCGGCCUGGGCGAGUUCAGUGCCAGGGCCCGGGAGGUGGAGCUGGAGCACGAGGUCAAGCGGCUCAGGCAGGAGAACCAUAAGCUACGGGAUCAGAACGACGACUUGAAUGGACAGAUCCUGAGCCUCAGCCUCUAUGAAGCUAAGAACCUCUUUGCCACUCAGACCAAAGCCCAGUCUCUGGCUGCGGAAAUAGACACAGCUUCACGCGAUGAGCUCAUGGAAGCCCUGAGGGAGCAGGAGGAAAUCAACUUCCGCCUGCGACAGUACAUGGACAAGAUCAUCCUCGCCAUCCUGGACCACAACCCCUCCAUCCUGGAGAUCAAACACUGAGCAGGGGCUGGCUGCCAAGCAGCCUCAGGGCCCGGGGGUGGGUCCCACCUGAGAAUAGGGGCCCCAGCUCAGCCUCGCACCCCCACUGUAAAUGUGUCUCUGGCCACCGUGCGUGACAUGUCCUGUGUCUGUGGGGCCGCCCGUGCCCACUCCUGGGCUGUGGCUGCGUGCCCUGCCGGCGGAUGGCACAUGCACUUUGUGAGCCCUUUGCAAGGGGCCCUGGUGCUGGAGGGGGAGCAUAGGGCCUGCUCUCUCGAGGUACUGUAAUACCACCAGCUGGAUGCUGGCAGCGUACAGACUGGAUAAAUGACUCUACCUCUGGGGAGAAGGAGUUAGAAACACUCAAGGGAGCGAGGCCCUUCAGCCCGGCCUCGGCCCCUCUGGGGUAGGGCACACACAGUCAUCCUCUCAGCAGUUUGACCACCCAGCAGCUGGGUGCUCCCAACCUCCGUGGCUGGGCUCAGGCCACCUCCGUCGCUGUUCCAGCAGGGCUGGCGCCUUCUGGGUGGCAGGAACCCGUGCGGGCUGAGGCCCCACUGCCGGCGAGCACAGCAGCUCUCUGCGGGGUUCUUGCACCUGCUCCCGAAGCACGACUCACCCUGCCUACCCACCUCCCUCUGUUUCAUCCUCCUCUUAAGACACUGGGAGGAAGUGGAGAAGGUGGGGGAAGUCGGUUGGUGGUAGGGUGGGGCGUCUAUGUGGCCAUGGGUAUUGGACAACCAAAGAAGGGGCUUGGGGAGGACAAGGACCCCAUCCGUCAGUCGCCUCCCUGCAGUGAUGGUAUUCUAGGAGUAAGAUUAGUGAGGACAGCGGCUAGUGCCAGGCCUCAAAAUCUGGGCUCUGGGCCAAGUUGUACAGUAGGAACCCCUCGUGCCUGCUUUAAGAAACACUCAUCCAGUUCACGGGGAGGCCAUGGUGGCAGACCCAGCCGGGAAGCCAAGUCUCCUCCCCCACCCCCCACGAGGGCUGUGUGUAUGGGGCAUGUCCGGGACUCUGGAGCAUCCUAGGGCAUCUCUGUCUUAUACGGCCUGUGACUCGUCUCCCUCACCACUUCUACAUAAAUGCAUCCCGUAUGACUCUC